UCACACAAACAAAACAACACACCUAUUGGGGGGCCAAACAAGCAAAAAAAAAAAAAAAAAAACAAAGGAUUUAAGGCGCAAUUUUUCGGAAUUUGCUGAAUUAAAGAUAGGAAGGAACAAUGUACUCCGGCCAGUGGGCAAAGCAACAAAUUAAAGUCAUUACAUAUCUAUGGCGGAGACAACAGCUGAGAAUGUUAAAUGAGAUGCGAAGCCACGUUCUUGGAGGCGGUAUGGUGGCCACACUUCAAAAGGAUCUUUGCUUACCUAAAAACAGCUUGUGUGCGACACAACGAUUCCUUAGUUCCAGCAGGGAACAGCAAGACAAAUAUGUUCCGAAGGAGGAAGCCGUAAACCACGAAGAUGAUGAUAUUCUUUCACAAAAUCUAAAUUUUAAACAGAUGAUGAUGUACAACGAGGAGGAUGAUAUAAUAAAAAAGUUAAAUGCCUGUGAAACAUCCGAACAGUUGUUAAACGUUUCAGAAGCUUCACUGGGACAAAUGCAAAAGGAGCAUGUGGUCCAAACCAUUGUAUUACUGUGGAUGUUUAGAAGACUGAAUGAUGUGGACAAUCACAGAAGUAUAUUGGAUAAAAUUGAGCCACUUUUGAUGCAGUAUGUCGAGCAAUUGAACGUCAAUGAAAUAAGUACUUGCUAUUUGUAUAUACGCAAAAUGGGGGAGGAGAAUUCACAUCCAUUGUUGCAAGAAUUGCUGACGAGAGCCCUGAAUUGUGUAGAAAAUUCAGAUGUGGUCGGUCUGCCGGCCCUGUCACGACUCAUUGUGGGUAUUAAUGCGGGACGCAACUUUUUCACACCAAUGCUGUGUGCAAAUUUCAUAAGACAUCUUCAUGCCCAUGUGAACCAAUUCUGUACUGACGAUGAGGCUCGCAUGAUAGCUAUAAUUAUGCUCAAUUUACAACCACUCAUUGAUGAUGGGCUGAUGUCAGUGUUUAAGCAACGUGUUAAGACACUUAUUGACAAUGGAGAAAUCUCCGCCGCCAAACCAAAGACAAUAAUAAAAAUAUUGAAUAUGUUAAAUAUGGCAGUUUGGUCCAACAGACACAUGGAUUUAAUCAGAGAUCUUUUGCUAACCAUUAAGCCGGCCAUAAACCAAUUGGAUGCCAAUGAUUUGAAAAUAAUUAGCCGUAUAUAUCAAUAUCACAUGGAACCAGCCUGUUUACAAGAACCUUUAUCACUGGCAUUGGAGGAGCUUUUGGCCACUCACAUGUCCCCCGAAACCUUGGCAUGUUAUGUACCCUUUUCACAGCCCAAUAAACGGGAUACCCUUACCAAUGCCUUCAAGGCCCUUUUGGCAUCCGCCGACAGUUGGAAACAGACAAAUGCAACUGGAUUUCUAUUUUCAAUUCUAAGAUCAUUGAAAAUAUCCGAUACAAAAGUAUGUAAUGCCUACUGGAAUGGUGUGCUAAAUGAACUGAAUGCUGUGCCAGAUAAUGAGACGCAUACAAGUUUCCUAAAACACUGUCAUCGUUAUAUGAAUUUCAAUAACAAUUUGGGUGGAACUUAUAGACAUAUGGCUUUGGAAAAGAAACUCUCACAAAUGUGUAUGAGGGCCAUAGAACAUGAUGUGUCGGGACGGAUUCCUUAUAUAUUUGCUCGUCUAGCUUCAUUUGUGCUGGCCUAUGGUCAUACGCCGUAUAGUUGGAAGAAAUAUCCAAAUAUUAUAUUGUCAAAGAUCAUAAAUAUGGCCGAUCAGUUUACAGUGGCAGACUGUUUUUUGAUCAGUAGGGGUCUAAGAAUAUCCCUGGAAAUGAGGUACCGAUAUCAAACACCACAACUGGCCAACAUGCAGCUGGCCACCAUAGACAGCGUUUUGACAAGCUGUGCAGAUAGGGUAUUGGCAGACAAUCAAUUGAACACAAGCGAUCUCAAUGCCCUGGUACGCAUGUUAAGCAAUAGAAAAACCCUUCAAAACAGUGUGGUGUAUCAUAAAACCCUGCAGAAAUACAAAGAAAUCCAAUGUGAAGAUUUGAAUUCUCGUAUCAUGAGAGAUAUGUCGUAUAAUUUCCUGGCAACCAAUUACAUUGUACCUGAAGUAUUAGAAGUCAUGUUUAAAUAUGUACAAAAUCACUAUGAACACAUAUUGGGGGAGACAGUGGAGAAGUUAUUAUCAUGUGCCUAUAAUCUGGGCUAUACACCAGAGUCCUACGAAUCGCUGGAAUAUGCUGGUUUUAUAUUGCUAAGAGAUUUCAACUACAUGAGCGGCUUGUCAUUGGUACAGGCCUGCCUGGCCCUGUGCUAUUACAAAACAAUACCCGAAGAACUAAUCAAUAAAGUGUUUUGUGUGAAAUUUAUACAACGUGUGGAGGAUGAAAUACAAAUGUGUUACUCCAAGGCCACAUAUCCGGAGAGAGUACUUAAUAUUGUAAUGCAACUUAACCGCAGUGUUUGUCUGGAUUUUCCCGAAGCAAAUGUUCCAUGGUUCCAGCAGAAUUUCAUUGAAGCACAAAUGAGCAAAAGACCUUUUGUCGAGACCCCUUUCAAUAGUGAUGUCAAAAAUCUCCUAACAACUGUACUUAAGGAUGAAUCCUAUUUCCGCUGUAAUCAUACAACACCCUAUGGUUAUCAGAUUGAUUUUGUGAUAAAUUUCGAUAAAAACAGAACACCCCUACAAGCACCGGCUGAGACCACCAUGUUGGAUCGCAUAACCAAAGUUGCAAUAUUGUUGCUUAAACUGGAUUCUUUUUGUGCAAAUGACUUGAAUGCCUUACGCGGCCCAGAUUCCCUGAAAAUCAAACAUUUAGAAAUGAUGGGCUACAAGGUGUUGCACAUCAACGAACAUGACUGGAACUCAAAAUACAUGAAUGCACCGGGGGCCAAGACGAAAUAUCUGAAAUGCCUAUUGCAAAUAUCAAAUUGAAAACAAAAAAUAUGUUGUCUAAAUUAUUUCCAUAAUCUUAGUUAAUUCUUAUGUUGUUGUUUAAAUGUAUAGGUAAAGAUAAUGUUUUUUAUUGUUAUGAUAGCUGAGAGCAAAAGAAAAAAAUAUAUUGUACAAAAAAGUG